GCGAUUGCAGCUAACUUCACUUCAUAAAUGUUCGAUCUUUUUCAACUACAUCGAGGCUUGAGCUUUUUGGGAUUACGCUUUUCGGUAAUUAUUGUUUUACUCGUUGCAUACAGUGUGAUUUUGAGAUUAUUUAUUAUAAUUCUGGUCAAAGACAUGGCUUUGAGCGUUGCACUACCUCUGGCAGGCCUGGAGACAGAAAAUUUUAACUCGUUUAGUUCGUUCGGGCAUAUCAUAGACAUAGCGGGCCUGUCUCAGUCGCAGUCGAGCCCGAGUCCGUCAGUCUCCAGUGAAUCUAGCGGUAUCGGGUCGCUGGGGUCGCUCAAAUCAGAAUCUGUAAACAGCGACUCCCUGCCGUCUAGUCCUCAAACAACUGAGAAGAAAAUAUUCGAGCCCGUGGUGCAGCCGCAGCCUCGUCCUAAGGAGAAGAAAGCCGAUGAUGUCAAAAUCUCGUAUGGAGGGCGCGACAUCUUAAACUUGAUGGGUAAUCUUACGGACCAGCGGUGGAACUAUCGGCCCACUGUGCUGCCGCCUAACAACCCGGCGCUGUUCUUCGCCAACCGCUCCCAGUAUCACCGGUUGGGCCCGUACGGAACCCGCACACAGUACGUAAAGGACUCUUGCCGCCUCUGUGGCUUCUCAUGGGUCGUAGCCGCCACGGAGUGACGUGACUAUGAGUCAGCAUAAAUCCUGAACAAACGAAGUUAAGUGGGUACGACUGGAACACAUCAGGGUGCAUAUCAACUUCUCCUAACUCUAACUGUCACUUGGUGGUGCUCGGAACCAUUAAUUGCUGAACCAUGACUUUAUUUCAUGAGUUUCAUGGAAUUCAUUUUUGUGACAACUUGAUAUUUUUCAUAGAAAUGACAAGAGAUGAAGUUUUAUUUUGCUCAUGUUAUCUUUUUGACUUAAGUUUUUACAUUCUAUUUUAAUAAUUUGUUAUCAGAUAAGCAUGAAAUGUUUUGCCAUGACUGACAAAAAAUUCAAAGUUCCUUUACUUGAAGUAAAGCCAUUGGUUCUGUGACACUUUCCUAUAAUAUAGUUUGUUUAUAUGCUUGCCUGUUGUGGUCCAGUUCUACGGAUGACUGUGGAAUAUGUAUGUGGCUAUCGUUGCGCGCAUUCGUAGAGUUACAUUUUAAAACGUGACUUAAUACUGUGAUCUUAAUUUAAACAAGACAAUUUUUGACAAAUUCUGUGAAUGGAAUGCGUAAUGAUACAUGACUUCGUUUUUUGUUUUUAACUUAUUUAAUUGUGUGAUAAAGUUAGGCUUAAUUAAUACUACGGACUUGCAAUGCCAUAAAUAUUUCCAGAUUUAUUCCAAAAAAACAGCAUUUCUAGGUCCCAGUCUAAUGGAAAAGACAAAAUUGGAUCAAAACUUAAAUCUAUAUUCCAUCAACAAAUUAAACUCUAUCAUUAUAGUAAUAUAUUAUGCUACACUUAGUUCCUCUUAGAAAUGUUAAUGAUUUGUUAUCCAAAGAAUAUUAUAUUAACUAUAAAUUGUUGAGCAUACAAUUUAUAUUGAUUAGUAUAAAAUACAAAGGGUGUAACUCAACCCCAGGAUUUUGUGUCCAAUUACUCUUAAAGCAAUAUUUAAAUUAUAGACAUUUACACUUAUGAUACCAUAAUGAGUUAUUUCCCACCAUUACAUGUAAUAGUUAUUAUUUAAAUAUUGUUUUAUAAUAUUCUUUAGUCUCUAGGAGAUAAUUUAGAUAUAUUCCACAGUCAUUUAUCAAUAGGAUCGUCAUUGUUUAAACCAAAAGGCUGCUUCUCGGAUGUUAUUUAAAUUUACGAUUUUGACGAGAUAGGCACGAAUUUAAAGCCAAGCUGUAGAUUAAUUUUAAGAUGUAAUUAUGAUGAUUGUUGGAUUUACCGUCCGAGCAUUACAUAAUAAUAGUGAUGACAUAUAAUCUAGAGGAUACGAUCUUGACACAUUACCCUAAAAUCAACUUCUUAUCAACUCAACUAUAAAGCUUUGAACAACUCAUUUGUAAUUAUUAUAAUGAUGAGCCCAUGUGGAACAUAGUCAAAAUGGGUUAUCAGUGCAUAUCAUCACAAAUUAAUGCAGUGAUUAGAUAUUCUAAGGUAUUAGUAGUUGUUACAGACCGUUUUAAAACGUUUGAGUCAUUGAUAUGCCCAGAUGCUGGGCUACUAGUGAAAUUAUAGUAAGUGUCGUUAACAGACUGGCAAUAUCUCUAUGUACGUGCAUAUAUAAAUGUAAUAUUCGUGGUCUCUUAAUUUAGUCAAGAUAUUUAAUAGUGUGAGUCUCUUCAAUUACAUGUAAGUAAUGUAUAACAUACUAACUAUAACGAAUAAUUGAUACUGUCCUUUUGUGCAACUUUAGUUCUGCUAUGUUGUGAUCAGCUUUAAAUUGGAACUGGAGUAUUUGUACACAAUGAUGUUGACAUAUUUCCCACAAAGUUAUUUUUAUAAAAAAAUGUUGAUAUGAGACAAUACAGUAUGUAGUUUUCAAAAUUUUCUUUACAUCUUAUGAAGUUUGCUUAAAGGUUUGCGAAUAUUUUGGAAGGGACCAACAUGCGCGCAUUGAUUUCUCCAAACAAAUAGUUAAGCAGCAUAGAAGUUCACCUCCCAAACAGUUUAAGCUCACAUUGCAUUUCAAAUGUCUACUUAACGUCGAUAGAAAUCCACAAGCUUUCAUUUCUGUUUUGUCUGUAAUCAAUUAACUGGGCUAUGAACACAAAACUUAAGCAAGUAGUUGAUGUUUUACAAAUAUUUAUUUACGUAUUUAUGAUUCAGUGGGUAAUGACUGAACAUAUAGCAUGGAUCUCAGAAUGCAGCUAACAGUGAUACACAUUCUUUAUUGCCUUUGUAGGAAGCCGCCCCUUAACGUACUGUUGGCGAAUAAAUAAAUAUAUCAAUGUUCAGGGGUGGCUUCAUUUGCCUAGUGUGCUAUAUCCUCAGUCACACGGACUCACAAAAUGGUUGUUAUUGGUUAUUUUAAAAUCAAAUGUUGCAUUCAGAUUAUUUUUAGUUGUAACUUAUAAUAUGACAAAGCUGCAAUCGAAUGUAGUUCAAAGGAAAGUAUUUGGAGCGAUACGCACAGUUUAAUAGACUAGCUCUUGUUGUGAAUGUCUCCUUAAGUUUAGUAGUCCCUGGGCCGGCCGAGUGGCUCCCGCGCGGCGCGACAACAAGAGAGGCCGAGGUGCGAUGCAAUAUUUGCAUUCCAGUUUUGUUUAAGUUAGCAGCCGAGGGUAGUAGUUGUUAAUGUUUAUUUAAUCCACAUUGCCAAAUAUUUUGGUUGUUGUGCUAUUUAUUUAACAAAAUUUUCUAAAAUAUCAAUUUAGUACCUUCCAUUACUAUGUGUCUUCAAAUGAUUUUACAAUGUUUUAAUCAUUUCAAUUUUAUGCAUUUUAUUUUGUUUUAGUCAAAUCAUUAUACAUGAUAUUAUACAUAAUAUUACCUAUAUGUUGUAUUAUAUCUAUUGUUCAUUCAUAUGAUAAAUAUUUUUUUCUCAUUGAACUGUAGUCAAAUGACAGUAUUUUUAUAAUGAAAAUUGUAUAAGGAUGAAGGGUUUUUUGCCUGACGCGUGCUGCCAAAGCCCGGGGGCCUGUCCGCGGGCGCCUGGGCGGCGGCGGUGCGCGUCUUGUGGGUAUUACGUAUAUCUGAUAAGCAUUAUGUAGGUUUAGCGAAAUAGAUUAACUCGGAGAUGAACUCCAAGUACCAAAACUUAUUGGUUCAAUGUUGUUCUCGUAUUAUGGUGAUAUAGUGCGUCGCGCGCGGCGCAGAGCUCAAUAUUUUUAGUAACCCUUAAGAAAAUUAAUACCUCUUUUGAAAAAAUAUAAUAUAUAUGAUAUAGUAUAUCCAAUCGAUAAUCACAUAUUAUGUAUUUCCCUGUUUAUUUUGAUGUGAUAUCAUAAAUGACUGAUCUGAAUUUAGUUUUUAAGUUGGUUAUUGAUAUGCAGUGCUAUUUCGAGAGUGUAAUUAAGAUUUAAUAUUGAAAGUGCCAAUGCUCGUAAUUUAAUCUUUAUGACUGUUCCUUUAUCGUAGCUGUUUGUAAGGGCUCAGCCCGCUACUCCUUUGUCAACUUCAGUAUAAGCAAUCUUCCUUUCUUACACUAAGUUUUCAAUUACUGUUACUUUAGUGAAAUCACGUAACGUGCACAAUCUCAGUAAUGCUUGCAAUAUUAUGUGUAACAUGUUUUAUUCCUCACUUAUAAUUUAUAAUCCAGCGUAAUGUUAAGAGUACAAUAUGAGAUGAUGUUAUAUCAUUCUAGUAUCAAAAUUAGCCGAAGAUGUUAAUAUUAUUAGUUAGGUAAAAUUUUAACAUAGCUUUGUAUAAUUGGGAUGUUUUAGUAUUUAGUAGUGUAUAAUUACGGCGUAGUGGCAAGCAAAUGUCUCGUGAAUGAAGUGAAUAAUGUUAGUGGCAAUAAUACUCGAUGUAAGUCCCUGCCAAGAGACUUGUACAGGGUCGCGCGCCGCCGCCCGCGCCCGCCCGCGGUCACCGGCGGGACGGCGCGGCGCAUACACAACUGAACGUUACAAUCUAGGCGUUUAUUUGUUGUAAUUAUAAUAAUAGACGUAGGUAUUUUAUCGUACUUAAAUAAUUAUUCUUGCGAUGCCUUAAUUCUGGUUGUCAAUUAGACAUGUCUCUGCCUAGAGUGUUAUCAUUGUUUUUAUUUAUUUUAGUUUUUGCUGUUCCGGCUUCCUCCGUGAACUUCCAGUCCAGGCUGUUCUUUUGAAAUGAUUUUGAGGUCGAUUUAUUUUUACCUAAGUGUUCUUAUUAAAUGUUACCAAAAUGUUUUUAAUAAAAUAUUUUUAUAUGUAA